CCCACAAUCGUGCACACGGGGUACGAUAAGUGAUAACAUGGAGUGGACACGUCCCACCGCUCAUUGCACCAGAGUUGGAGCAGGUGGUGCGGCCAAAUGCCGGCGAGGGGCGACAUUGGCUGAAAUUUUCGGGGCAGUGGGUACAGCCGCCAGCAAGAGCCUCAACGGAUGCGCAUCCGGUGUUUGAUCAACGCAGAAAAAGUUUCGCCUAGGGAAUCCCGGCGAUACGUCAUCUUGAGGGAAAAGAAGGGUCCGGUGAGGAGGGGAUGAUGGCACGUAGAAAUAGCAAAAUGGCCCUGUGCCCGCGAGCCCUGCCCUCGCAACAUCCUCACGAAGCAACCGCUGGACGGCACAAGAUUCCCUCCCCACCAUCACGACUUCCACGGCCGACUUGACCACCACCACCACCAUCAUGCAGCGAGCAAACACGACCGAGAGCCUGCGCACGCCUGGCGCCAGCAUCGCGACCCUCAACCUGAACAAGCCCCCGCGGCCGGGCAUGGAGCGCGCGCCCACAUCCACCAACCUCACACGGCCGCUGCCCAUCCAACGCCUGGAGGGCAAGGUCGUCAUGAUCACAGGCGGAGGCGGCAAGGUGGGCGUCGAGUCUGCUGGCCGCCUGCUUAUCGAAGGCUGCAACGUCGCCCUCAUCGACAUCGACCAGGGUGCUCUCGAGGCUGCCGUGCCCGUCCUCAAGGCCGCCAUUCCCACAGGCUCGCCCAUCGAGUCGCGCCUGCUCACCAUUGUCGCCGACGCGACCAAGGAGCCCGACGUCGAGGCAUGCGCCAAGAAGGUGGUGCAACGCUUCGAGAGGCUCGACGCUGCCCUGCUCAACUGCUGCCAUCGCGGCGAGUCCAAGAGCAUCUUCGACGUCACCGAAGACGACUUUGACCGCAUCAUGACCAUCAACGCCAAGUCUGCAUUCCUAGGCGUCAAGUACGCUGCUACAGCCAUGCAGACCACCUCUGGUGGCGGCUCCAUCAUCAUCCGAUCCUCCAUCGCCGGUCUUCGCGGCUUCCCCAACCUCAUCUCGUACAGCGCCAGCAAGUUCGCCCUGCGCGGCAUCGCCCUUACCGCCGCUGAAGAGCUUGGUCCGCUCAACAUCCGCGUCAACACCAUCCACACGAGCAUCAUCCAAACACAGGGCUACAAGGACGGCUGGAACAAGGAGAGGCUGGCAGAGCUCAAGGAGGAGACUGCGCUCGACCGCUUCAGCACCCCAGAUGACGUGGCCAGCGUCGUUGCAUUCCUCGUCAGCGAAGACAGCAAGUUCAUGACUGGUGGACAUUUGAAGAUUGACGGCGGCUGCGUCGCUGUUUAGACGUUUUAUUUAGCCUUGCUUGUUAUACUGCGAUGAUCGAUAUUUGCAUUGAUGGAGUUUGGGACGCCCGCUUUUCUUCCGAAGCAGAGGCUGCAUGCUUUGCACACGCUAUCAUCAUGGAUUGGAGGUAUAGAGGCACAUUAUUAGACGGAUAGAAAUGAUUCACCAGGCGGACAUCUGUCCCCACCCACUCCAUUUGCUUGUACACACUUCCUCAUGUCCCUCUGCUUGGGCAUACUUUGCCAUGACAGCGCGUGACGUCACUGCACUGUCAUGCUCCCCCUCAUCUGGAGACCCAUUGACGCAACAUGCACCAACAGACAACACAAUCCUGCGUCUCCACUAAGGUACACUAAAUAGUCGACAAAUAGCUCACACCUAAGCUUCACAAGACUGCCCUGGUGCGGGAUGCGCCAUUAGGCCCUGCACUACCUU